AUGAAGGCCUCCAUCUUCGCUCUCGCUCUCGCUGGCGCUGCCAGUGCUCACACCACUGUCUACUCCAUCUCGGUCAACGGAAAGUCUCAGGGUCUCGGAAAUGUUCAGGGCGGCUACAUUGACUCUCCUCCCAACAACAACCCAGUUACCGACGUUACCUCCAAGGCUAUGGAGUGCAACGUAGCCAACAUCAAGGCUUCCAAGUCGGUCGCCGUCAACGGUGGUGACAAGAUUGCUGUCGAGUGGCACCACAACAACGCUGACGCCAGCGACGACAUCAUCGACCCCUCUCACAAGGGACCUAUCACCGUCUACAUGUCUAAGGCUGGCUCUUCUAUGUCAUGGACGAAAAUUGCUGAGGAUGGCUACGAUGGCAAAUCUUGGGCCGUCGAGAAGCUCAUCAAGGGUUCAUACACUGGCAAGCCAGGACAGCACGAGUUCACUCUGCCCAAUGUUGCACCUGGCGAGUACAUCAUCCGCCCUGAGAUUAUUGCCCUACACGAGGGUGACCGCAUCGGUGGCGCACAAUUCUACCAGGAGUGCAUUCACGUAAAGGUCGGUGGCUCUGGCACCACUGCGCUGCCUGCUGGUGUUGCUAUUCCCGGCUACCUCAGCGCCCAAGACCCGGGUGUUCACUUCAACCUCUACGGCUCCUACUCUAGCUACCCCAUGCCAGGACCCAAGCUCUGGAACGGUGCUGGUGGUGCUGCCGCCCCAGCUAAGCCUGCGCCCGCUGCUCCCACCACCACCAAGGUCGCUGCUCCUGCCCCUACCAAGGUUGCCACCCCUACUACCACCAAGGCUGCUACCCCAGCCAAGACUACCCUUGCCACCGUCGCUAAGCCUGCUCCUACCGCCGGUGGUGCUGGAGCUCAGAAGUACGGCCAGUGCGGUGGCAUCGGCUUCACAGGUCCUACUACUUGCGCUUCCGGCUGCAAGUGCGUCAAGCAGAACGACUGGUACUCCCAGUGCUUGUAA